AUGGCCGAACGAUUGACUUCCGCUGCCCUGAAGGCGGCUCGGAUUAGGGCCGAGAUGAAGGCCAACAAGAUUAACAAGCCUGCUAAGCCAAAGGAUCCUUCCAACCCUAAGCCGAGGAAGCGCAAGGAGCGCACCGAGGAGAGGGUGGAAAUGACGGAGAAGGCCCUGGCGAAGGCCCGAGCUGAAACGGAGGCCUCGGCCAAGAAGGCGAGGCAGGAGCCUUCUGGGGAGGUGAACAGCCCUCGCCAGGCUUCGGGGGAUGACCACAUCUCCCUUCGCCCGGAGGAUUUUGAACCUGUGCGCAGUCCGAGCCAUGCGCAGGGGACCUCGCAUACCGAGCAGACCUUAUCCGAGGCGCCGGUUCCCUUUACUCAAUUGUCCAAGAUGGACAAGAAAGAACGGAUUGCCAGUGCCCUGGAAAUACUGGUUACCCAAACCGACCGAGAUCACAUCAACGCGGUGAAUGGGCGAAACGAAUCGAGCGAACUUUUUGGCUCCUGGAUGGACUUUUCCAUCCGGAUGACGAAAGUAGCCGAGGACCGGCUCGAGCUAGUGAAGGAGGUUCAGAGCCUGAAGGAGGCGGCUCGGAAGCACUUCGACGAGGUCUACCAGGCCAAGGAAGCCAAGCGUCUGGCCGAGCUCCGCUUGGAGGAGGCCAACAAAAAGAUUGACAAGGGCGAGGCGACUUGGAAACAAGAGAGGGAAGACUGGAAGGUCGAAAGGACCAACCUUUCUCUUGCCAAAGAGAAUGCUGAGUCCGCCAAAGUUACGGCCGAGACCAAGCAAGCUCAGGCCGAGAAGGAAUUAGCAGAGAUCCGGCUCAAGCUCUCGGCGGCCGAGGUGCAACUAGAAGAAGCUCAAGCGGCCUCUUCUCGCUCUCAGGAGGAGUGGUUCGACGCCUGGCAAAAGUCGGACGACUGUACCGAUUUCUGCGCCGACGUGGGCCAAUCUUCCCAUAAGAUGGGCGAGGACGAGGCGCUUGCUAGGCUUAAGGUUGCCUUGGCUGAUUCCUGUCCCGAGGCCGACUGGAAUUCAAUAUGGUCCCGCUACCAGGAGUUGUCCGAGGCCGAAGCCGCUGAGAUGAAGGCUAAGAUGGCUGAAGAGAUGAGCUCGGACAGCGGCUCUGAUGAUGAAGAAGAAGAAGAAGAUGCUGGCAGCACCGAGCCACCUCCCUCAGAGCAACCUGCUGCCGAGCAACCUGCCACUGGUGAACCAGAAUCAUAUAGGGAAGCAACAAACUCGACUGACUCAUCUAAGUGGGAGCUAGUCAUGAAAGAUGAGAUGCAGUCCUUGGAAAAGAAUCAGACAUGGAGUUGUUUGCAUUGCCUGCAGAGGUUUGUAAAUGAUUAUGAUUACUUACUUUUGUAUGUUGAUGAUAUGAUGAUUGCUGGUACGAGCUAG